CUCUAUAGCUGUGAACAGGCAGCAAUCCUGUCUCCUCUUUCCUCUGAAGACACCCCAGACUUACAAUCUACCGACUGCGUUGUGAUCGCGUUCAAUACUACAGCAUUUUUCAACAGCGUACAACAUGUCCUUCGAUCGCCUUCCAACACUUGAGUCACAGCCGACUACAUUCCGACGUCAGGAUGAUCCUCAGUACAGCGACGACCCGGAUUUUCAGCAUCUUACCGAGAGUCUCUUCGACAAAUUGCUUGGGCUCACGUCGAACAUUGGUCGCUUGUCCAAUCAGAUUGGCCUUAUUGGCACAAAGCGCGAUACCGAGCGAGUAAGAGAGCGAGUACAUGACCUGUUGGAGGAAACUCGAGAAGGGUUCAAAGAAGUCGGGGAUGGCAUAAAGCACGUGCAAGCGUGGGAGGAUGUCAAUCCUUCCCAGAGAUAUACGCAGGAUAAGCUCUCCACGGAAUUCAAAGCCUCCCUUACCGAGUUUCAAGCCAUCCAAAAACGAGCUUUGGAGAAACAGCGCGCCUCAGCAAGUGCGGCACGCACUGCGCUUGAAGAACAAUCAACCUCGCCGACUCAGCAACAGUCGUCAUUUGGCCAACUGCAGCAACAGGAACAGGAGCCGCUACGCCUUGCGAACCAGACGGAGGUAGAUUUCCAAGAUUCUCUUAUCAUCGAACGAGAGUCAGAGAUCAGAAACAUCGAACAAUCAGUCGGCGAACUAAACGAGUUGUUCCGGGAUGUGGCUCAUAUCGUCAGUGAGCAAGGCGAACAAUUGGACAUUAUCAGCGAAAACGUGGAGGGUGUCAGGGAGAACACUCAUGGCGCCGAUCGUGAAUUGCGCAGCGCGAGUCGCUACCAACGCAAUGCACGCAAUAAAGCUUGCUGUCUAUUGCUGAUUCUGGCCGUUGUGUUGACAAUCGUGCUAUUGGCGGUAUUUUUGGGUUGAAGGGGAAUGGAAUGUUUGUUUUGAAGCCAGCGAGAUGCUUACCUUUCUUACGACUGAUUUGAUACCUUACCUAAGGGUUCUCUUUGACUUUCAGGGUUCGGCAGCGUUGCAUGGGCGUUUUUGGAGCAGCAUUGACAGGGUUCAUUUCCCAUAUCAUCCACGGUGAUAGAUGUUUAGUACGUCAUUCUUUCUUUCGGGUCAGGAGAAGAUUGAGUGAAGAUUAUUGUACACAAGACGAUACGCUACGAUAUAGUACAGUACCAGAUAAUAAUAUACAAUGGCCGACCUAGU